AUUUUACCUCAGUCAUACAAAACAAUACAAUGUCAGAUUCUCACGUUUGUAACUUGGCAUACGAGGGAAAAUAUGAGCCCUUGAGGGCCGAAUUCGCAAAAGACAAAAGCAUUAUUACCAAGAAAGAUAGCUCUGGACGAAUACCGCUGCACUGGGCUAUCUCCGGCAAACAUAAUGACAUUGUCAACUUUCUUCUUCAACAAGGAUCACCCGUCGACACGGGGGAUGAGGCGAAUUGGACGCCUCUCAUGAUAGCUUCCUCUGUGGGUCACACGGAGAUAGCGUCUGCUUUAAUCGGCCGAGGUGCCAACGUGAAUGUUGCCAAUACCACCGGCCAAACACCUCUACAUUAUGCUGCAUCCAAAAAUCAUGUCGAGAUGACCAAAUUGUUACUAAGCAACCAUGCCAACAUCAACGCACAAGACAACAUGGGGAGUACGCCACUCCAUCGAGCUGCUUCGAAGGGCAACACGCGCAUCAUCAAACUGUUCCUAGACUCCUACAGCAAUCAGCUUGAUCUGGACUGCAAGGAUGCUGUUGGCAACACUGCCAUACAUCUCGCAUGUGAAGAAGAUAGACGAGAAGAAGCAAAAUUGCUGGCAGAAGCUGGUUGUAGGAUGGAUAUAAUGAACAAGGAGGAGAAGACAGCUUUGCAGUUGGCGUCCCCUGGACUUUGGAGGAUUCUCACUGGACUGCGAGAAAUGUGAUAUUUUUCGGUUUGCUCUUGGCCAAAGCUUUUUCUUUGCUUUUUACAUCAAAGAAGGAAACUCAGACUUAUUAAAUUUUUUUGCUCUGCACUGUA